AUGGUCUGCUACUUGUUAUGGAGAUGUUUGUUCCUGGUCCUCUGUGGAGUGUGCUCCAUGUUCCAGAGUUCUUCGGGCUGUUUCAUGGAGGAGAGAGCAGCCCUCAUGGAUAUUCGCUCUUGGCUUGUGAAUGCAGAGUCCAAGGCUCCCACUUCUUGGGGAGACGGUGGUGACUGCUGCUCAUGGGAAAGGAUAACCUGCGACAAUACCACACACCGACUGUCUCAUCUCAACCUUUUCCAGACCUACCAAGAAAACCUACAGUAUUUCGAAGAUGAAUGUCCGAAUUUUAACUUGACGAUCUUUUCUUCGUUUCGGGGGCUUCAACUACUGAAUUUCUCUGGACAUCACGCUUGUUUACAGAAUUUCGAGGGUCUCCAAGGAUUGAGUAAGCUCAAGUAUCUCGACCUCAGUUACAACAGUUUUCAAGGUGGGGGUAUCCCAGGAUCUGUUGGCAAAUUGGUUUCUCUAGAAGUCAUAAAUCUCAAUGGAAACAACAUAGGUGGGACUCUUCAUAGUACAGAUUUCAGUAAUCUCCGUAAUCUGCGUGAAUUGCAUUUGGGAUCUAGUCAAUUGAAGGGUAGCCUCCCAGCAUCCAUAUUUGCACUUCCACGCCUUGAGUACCUGGAUCUUUCAUACAACCUCUUCGAAGGACAUAUACCUAUAAACUUAUCUCGGAACUUGCGAUUGCGAGAAUUGUAUUUGACUUUCAAUAGAUUGAGUGGAGGCCUCCCAACAUCCUUAUUUGCACUUCCACGGCUUGAGUACUUGGAUCUUUCAGACAACCUAUUUCAAGGACAUAUUCUUACAAACUCAUCUUGGAACCUCCGAGCAUUGCAUUUGGGAUCCAAUCAAUUGAGUGGUACCCUCCCAGCAUCCGUAUUUGCACUUCCAUGCCUUGAGUACUUGGAUCUUUCAUACAACCUCUUUAAGGGACAUAUACAUAUAAACUCAUCUUGGAACCUGCGAGAAUUGCAUUUGAGAUCCAACCAAUUGAGUGGUAGGGUCCCAGGAUCCGUAUUUGCACUUUCAUGCCUUGAGUACUUGGAUCUUUCAGAAAACCUAUUACAAGGGCAUAUACCUAUAAGCUCAUCUUGGAAGUGUACAUCAUCGCUUCAUACCAUCCGGUUAUCUGAUAACAGGCUAAGCGGUCAAUUUGAUUUCUUCUGGCUAAGAAACUGUGCCAAACUCAAAGAGAUAGAUCUGUCCAGGAAUACUGAUUUGGUCAUUCAAGUGCAAAUGCAUGGCUGGGUACCUAAAUUUCAGUUGAAUACACUAAGGCUCUCUUGGUGUAACCUUGAUAAGAGCAUGAUUACCGAGCCACAUUUCCUGCACACACAGAAUCAUCUGCAGUUUCUCGAUUUGUCCAACAAUAAUUUGCCGGGGAGCAUGCCCAACUGGUUGUUCACAAAUAAAACCACACUAGUUUAUCUGAAUCUUGCAAAUAACUCACUAGUUGGAUCACUAGAUCUGAUAGGGCAACCACAAACUAAUCUUAAACAGGUGAAUGUAUCAUUGAACCUAGUUGAAGGACAACUGCCAGCCAACAUUGGUUUCAUGUUUCCCCAUCUCAUAAUUCUCGAUGUUUCCCGCAACACUAUUUCUGGAACAAUACCACCAGCAUUGUGCAACAGCAGCAUACAACUUAUGGACCUAUCAAAUAACAGAUUUACAGGAAAAGUACCAGCUUGCUUGUUCACUGAUUGUUAUGCAAUGAAUAUAUUGAAGCUCUCAAACAAUACACUUGGUGGCAAGAUACUUGAUGGGGCUAGUAGCUUCUCCGGUGACCUAUGGGCAAUACACCUAGGCAACAACAAAUUUGAAGGGACUCUCCCUAGAAAUCUGUCUGGUAAUGUCCAAAUCAUGGAUCUGCAUGAUAACAAGAUGUCGGGAGAACUGGACACUUCCUUAUGGUGUCUUCCUUCACUGCAAGCUUUGAGCCUUGCUAAUAAUGGUUUAACUGGUGGCAUUCAUCCAGAAAUUAGCACAUUAACAAAUCUUAUGAUGUUAGACCUGUCAGGCAACUACUUUACAGGACGUCUCCCAAACUGCGACACUAUGGUAUACCUCACGUUUCUGAGUGUAUCGGGGAAUUCCCUGUCAGGCUCCCCGGGUGCCUUUUUCAACAGCUCCUACAUUACGGCUUUAGAUCUCAGCAAUAAUCAGUUCACAGGCAACCUUGAGUGGGCACAACAUCUUUCUCAAGUCAGUGUACUUUUGUUAAGCAGGAAUAAGUUUGAGGGACAUAUCUCUUCAAAUCUCUGUCAUCUCCAACACUUGAGUAUAAUUGACGUCUCGCACAACAAACUUUCGGGUUCCGUACCACCAUGUAUUGGUGGCAUUCCAUUUGAACCCAUUGAUCCUUUCGAAAAUUGGCCCGCAGCUGGUAGUAUUACCUAUGGAGGAGGCGAAUAUGGUGCGGACUUUGUUUAUAACAAUAAUUAUGACCUCCCAGGCUUCACCUUCACAACUAAAGGGCACCCAUACACAUAUGGACAAAACUUCUUCAUGUCGAUGUCUGGCAUUGACUUCUCUUCAAACAUGCUGUCAGGUGAGAUUCCGAAGGAGAUGGGGAAUUUGAGCCAUAUCAAGUCUCUCAAUUUGUCGAACAAUUUCUUGACUGGACCGAUUCCUGCAACCCUCGCAAAUAUGAGCGAGAUCGAAAGCUUAGACCUGUCCAAAAACAGGCUGAAUGGGUUGAUACCAUGGCAGUUGACACGGCUAUCAUCAUUGGAGGUGUUCUCUGUGGCAUACAACAACUUAUCGGGAUGUCUACCAGACUCUGGUCAGUUUGGCUCAUUUGAUACAGACUGUUACAGAGGGAACAACAACCUUCGAUCCUGCACUUCCAGUUCAGGUCAUGUGGCAUGGAAUGGUACUGCAGGAAGUGUGCCUGAUGAUUCUGACCCGAUCCUCUACGUGGUCGCUGCCGUUUCAUUCGUCUUGGCAUUUUGGGCCACUAUCAGUUUCGUAUUCUGCCAUUCAUUUGGGCGGCGUGUUAUUCUCAAACUGUGGUAG